AUGAUCGAAACAUACAGUCAACCUUCUCCCCGCUCUGUGGCCACUGGACCACCUGUCAGUAUGAAAAUUUUUAUGUAUUUACUUACAGUUUUUCUUAUCACCCAGAUGAUUGGGUCAGCGCUUUUUGCUGUGUAUCUUCACAGAAGAUUGGACAAGAUAGAAGACGAAAGGAAUCUUCAUGAAGAUUUUGUGUUCAUGAAAACGAUACAGAGAUGCAAUAAAGGAGAGGGGUCCUUAUCCUUACUCAACUGUGAGGAAAUUAGAAGCCGGUUUGAAGACUUGGUCAAGGAUAUAAUGCAAAACAAAGAAGUAAAGAAGAAAGAAAAAAACUUCGAAAUGCACAAAGGUGAUCAGGAGCCUCAAAUAGCAGCACAUGUCAUCAGUGAGGCCAGUAGUAAAACAACCUCUGUUCUCCAGUGGGCCCCCAAAGGAUACUACACCCUAAGCACCAACCUGGUAACCCUCGAAAACGGGAAACAGCUGGCUGUGAAAAGACAAGGACUCUAUUACAUCUACACCCAAGUCACCUUCUGUUCCAAUCGGGAAGCUUUGAAUCAAGCUCCAUUUAUCGCCAGCCUCUGCCUGAAGUCCCCAAGUGGAUCGGAGAGAAUCUUACUGAGAGCUGCAAACACCCACAGUUCUUCCAAACCAUGCGGGCAGCAAUCCAUUCACUUGGGAGGAGUCUUUGAAUUGCAACCGGGUGCUUCGGUGUUUGUCAAUGUGACUGAUCCAAGUCAAGUGAGCCACGGGACCGGCUUCACAUCAUUUGGCUUACUCAAACUCUGA